CGGAUCUACAGCUUCUCAGGCAGCAGAAUAGAGGAGGCACCACCGCCGCCAUUGCACAUGGCUGCUCCUCCGUCGUUCAAUGUGGAGGCAUUUUCGCUCUGGGAAACGGUGGCCAGCGGGCCAAACUUAUCGAAGUUGUAUUCCUCGUCCUCGGCAACUGCAUCUUCACGGGCACGCCGCCGCAGAACGCUUGUAGAGCUGGAGCUUCUUGGCCGUGUGGACUUCGAAUAGGCCACCAAAGACCGCCAUAGGGUGUGGCACCGCAUUGCCCAUGAUCUCCUCCUGGACAUCGCAUUUUUCAAUCCCCGAUGGAGUUUCGAUGAUUCGGACCUGGUUCUGCCAUACGACGUGAAGUUCUCCAAGCAUUUCGUGGCCCGGCUGAGAAAGGUGACCAGACCCAGGAUUUGGGACAGACGCUCCUGGGGACCAGGCCGCAGUCGGCGGGCAACAGUUUAAGUGGGAUUAAACAAACGGGAGCCAUGCCCAAGACUCCGGUCGGAUCGUUUAUGGCCAGAAGCAACACCACUGGCUUGGCCAACAUGUCGAAGUUCGGGCUCAGUCAGUCGCAGUCCUUCAGCGGAGUCCUCGGUCAAUCCAAUCGCGCCUCCUUGGGAACUCCGUUGAGCCAGCUCCAAAGUAGCAUUAGCCAGCAGUCCAUGUCCAUGAAGCCAGCGAAACCGAUCGAGCCGGAGUUGUGUUUGGAGCACAUCUGGACGGAGAACAUCUACGGAGUACAACGUGAACUGUGCGAGAUGGCCACCCGAGCCUUCAUCCACACGGAUUUGGUGGGCCAGACAUUUCUGUGCUACCUGCUCGCCCGCUCCUGCCGCCUCCAGAUGGUCCGCCUCACUGGCUAUGGAAGCAGUGAAGUGCAGCUCUCCACACUGGCCACGACUCUGGCAGCCAAGGAUGCUGUGGGUCUGAAUGUAAAUGGUCGCAGUCCUCGAUCCUAGCGGUAGCCUAAUUCUCUACACCGGAACCGUGCUCAUCGGUUCAUUAUGCUAUUUAAUUUUUAUGUUACAUAUAAGCCCAGCAUUCCAGAAUUUAGUUAAUAUCAUAGGCAAAUUGCACAAAGUUUGGCCCCAAAAAGUUGUAAUCUUAAAAGUAAAACCACUUACAAAAAACGUAAAAAAAAUUAUUAAUUAUUAAGUAAACAAAAGGAAUAUAUAUUCCACAGUUUCGACUAGUUUCCACGGUUUCCAGGGCUAAUGCACUCCACAAUCUCACCUCCACAAAUGAUUU